UGCAUGUCCGUCUGCAGGAGUGCGUGGUGCCAUUUACUGUCUGGGCACCUGCCCCUUCCCUUCCUCUCUGUAGGGUGAGAUUAAUCUGCUCUGCAGGAAAUCUCCUGGGCACUCUCUGUCCUCCCAUAGACCUGAGAGUGGAGAAGAUGCAUCUCGCCGUCCGCCUGCUCCUCCUUCUGGCCAUACCACUGGCUCUUUCUCGGGGUCAGCCACACCCUGAGCACAAUGAGGGAUAUUUCACUGAUAGCUCUCAUCAAGAGACUUGGGGCACAGGUGAGAGCUCCCCCUGCCUCAGGGUCAUCCCCAGCAAUACAGCCUUUGCCCUCCACCUCUACCACCUGAUGGCCUCCGAGUCCCCCAGCAGGAACAUCUCCCCGCUGAGCAUCUCGGCCGCCCUGACCAUGCUCUCCCUGGGGGCCCGUGGGCACGCCCAGACCCAGAUCCUCCAGGGCCUGGGCUUCAACCUCACAGAGAUGACUGAGUCCGACAUCCAUGAGGGCUUCCAAUACCUCCUGCACACUCUCAACCUUGCCAACGACAUGCUGGAGACACACGUGGGCAAUGCCCUGUUCCUUAAUGACACCAUGGCCUUCUAUGAGUGCCCGCUCUUUCACACUAACUUCCGCGACUCAGUGGGUGCAGCUCAGCUUAUCAACGGCCACGUUAAGAAGGAAACACAAGGAAAGAUUGCGAAUUUGGUCAGCGAGCUCAGCAAGGACACCAUGAUGGUGCUGGUAAAUUACAUCUACUUUAAAACUCUGUGGGAGAAACCCUUCAGUCCAUCCAAGACCUCACCUCUAGACUUCUAUGUGGAUGAGAGCACAACUGUCCAGGUACCCAUGAAGUGGCAGGGUGACCAUCACCACUGGUAUCUUCACGAUAGAUACUUGCCCUUCUCGGUGCUGUGGAUGAACUAUGACGGGGACGCAGUGGUGUUUUUCAUUCUUCUGAACCAGGGGAAAAUGAUGCAGGUGGAAGAGGCUUUGACUCCAGAGAUACUAAUAAGGUGGAACAACUUGCUCCAGAAGAAGGCCUAUUUCUACAGGAAGCUGGAGUUGCGUUUCCCCGGGUUCUCCAUUUCUGGCUCCUAUGAAUUGGAUCAGAUUUUGCCCAAGCUGGGUUUCACUGAGCUGUUCUCAGAGCAAGCCAACUUCUCCAGCAUCACCAAAACGCUGAACCUGAAGAUGUCCAAAAGUUUCCACAAGGCUGUUCUGGAUGUGAAUGAGGUCAGCACCAAAGCUGGGGCAGCCACAGGCUUCUCUAUUGCAUUUAAAAGUGCCCCAAAGCAACCCUGUGUCCUGAGGGUCAACUGGCCUUUCCUCAUGGUCAUCUUUUCCACCAUCGCCCAGAGCAUCCUCUUACUGGGCAAGGUCAUCGACCCCACGAAACCAUAGGCCCUGUGACCCGGGGCUGGCUCAUCCGUUACAAGGAUGAGG